AGCCUUAACAAGAAUCAUCAUAUUCUUAAAACCGCGUGGAUUUCUAGGAUCGUCUAAAAUCUCAUCCCUUACGUUGAAUAUUAGAAUCUAUCAAGCCUUAACAUCCAACGGCGGAUCCAAAAAUCAUCGGAAGGCGAAUUGAGAUCCGAGUCCGUAAAGACCUCCAUCUAAUCUCCCGUGGAACAAGUUUCCACCCUGUUCUGUGGUCUGUUGGAGAGAGAUGCGUCCUCGCGAAAGAGAGGAGGCUCCGCCGCUGGAACCCUCGCCGCCGCCUCCGGCGACUCGCACUGGAGGCGGUCUUAGCAGCAUGGUGGUGCGGCCGUCCGACAGCAGCGGAGCGGGCGACGUUGUGGAGCCCGAGGAAGUCCACGCCACGAACGACCGCCGCGACUCGCCGCAGGGAUUCCGCCGCCGGGGCUCUCCGCCCAAUCUUCGGCUCCGGGACUCCCCGCUGGAUCCGCGCCGCCGCGUCUCGUCGGCGUACCGCCGCCACGGCAACUCGCCGCCGUCCCUUCACCGCCGGUACUCUCCGCCGCCUUUCCGCCGCCGCGUCUCUCCGUCGGAUUUCCGUCGCCGCGGUAGUCCUACCGGCUUCCACCCCCGUUACCAGCGAUUUAGUCCAGGAUAUGCUAUGCAUGCAGGUUCUAUUUCACCUCCACACCGGCAAAGGCUGGAUGAUGCUCGUUAUGAUGUGGAGUUUGAUGGCUCAGCGGGACAACGCUUUGGCCGUGGACUUCGAGGUGGCAGAGGAGGUGGAAGGUUUCGAGAUGUUUCACCACCUUAUGGACUUGGAAGGGGUGGCAGGUCAUUUGGGAGGGGCUACAAUGCAUCUGGACGGGGUUUUCCACCCUUUGAUGGAGACUAUGUUCAUAGAAAUGAUCCUAAUUUAUCUCCUCGGGAAGGUGACUGGAUCUGCCAGAAUCCCUCUUGUGGGAAUCUGAAUUUUGCACGGCGAACUUACUGCAAUAAUUGCAGCAAGUACCGCUUUGGACCUGAACUUCAUAGUCACAGUCGCAGUCACAGUCGCAGUCCUCAGAGGGGUUACUUCAACACUCCUCCCCCACGUGGGUCUCCACCAAGGAUCUUGGGUCCAACCAUUGAUCGUGGCCUGCGGAGAGACUUGGUUAGAUAUAGAUCCCCACCUCGUGGCUGGGACAUGGAUGGGCUCAGAGAUUUUGGUGCUAGCUCACCACCCCCAGUUCGCGGGGGAAGGUUUGUGGAUCACAUGCGGAGGGAGAGACCUGAUUACCGUGAUGAACUCGAUUAUAGAGGGAGGGGCAAAUUUAACUGGGCCGUGCUUGAUGAGUUGGAUCGUAGUGAUCGCAUGAGGGAUGGGUUCAUUCCUGAUAGAAGAGGCUAUGAUCGACGCCCCCCAUCACCCCGUGGUCGGUGGGGUCAAGAUUCAAGGGAGAGAAACCGCUCACCAAUGGGGAACAGGCCACUGAAGAGUUCUUUUAUGGGCCGAGGUCGAGAUGAUCGACGCUUAGAUGAUUCAUAUGCAGGUCGAGGGCGGACUGAUGAUUUGAAUGUGGGUCGUGGACGUGGUUAUCGGCAGGGUGGUGAUUCUUUUGCAGGUCCAGGCCAAGGUGAUCGGCGGGGCAUACCCCGUGGUAGGAAUGAUGACAUGUACUAGGUGCCAGAUAAACAAAUGAAAGGCAUUCGGAUAGGUAAUUUUUGUGGGACCUGCUUUUGCUGAGAUGACCCUUCAUAAACUGAGACUUGGAAUUUCUCCAGCUUAGCAAAGUUCUUCAGGCCCCUAGUAUGUCCAUUUUGGUGGUUGUAGUCUCUGUGGCUUCUUAAUUCAGAUUUUCUUCAUUAUGUAAGAGUUUUUGAUGGGCUAAGGUUGAACAAAAGAGAAUCAUGUUCAUGUUGAAAUGGUCAGCUUAGUUUUUAUCCAGACUUGAGGGUUUAUCUAGUAUCACCCCAUGUUAUUGAUGGAACUUCCUUCAGUUCUGCUUGAUGUCUGUUCAGAACUUCAGAUACUUCAGUUUGUUAUCAAGGUAGAUCUGUUGUUUGGCUUCAUGCAUAUCUGAACAAGGCUAUGCAAGAUUAAGAGCUGCUAUUAAUGGGAUCUCAAGUGAAGCAUCACAGGAUAUGGGAGUUGGCCCGUGGUUGCUUUGGUUGCUCUGUUCGGUGCUGCAUGUUUCCGUGGCCUUCUCUCGUCUUCUUCAGAUUGGAAAUUCCUCCCCGGACCGGCUUUUUAAAAACACUGCAGUUGAUAUUUCUAGAAAGAAUAAUCAGCACUGCUCAUUGAUUGAAUGGUGGUCUUGUGGUGAUCCUGGUUCUGAGGCAGUGAUUAGAAUUUGGAUGCAUGGGUGUCUUUUGCGUUGCCAAUUCUAUUCUAAUCAACUGACUGUUAGCUUAUGGAUUCCUUUUCACUGUUUGGUAGUUUGCAGGUGACUUUCUAUGCGCCGUUUUGGGUCUAACAUUCCAGGUAAUAUGCAGCGAGUGAAAUAGAAGUGCUUCUGUGGAUAAUGGGGGUGCAUACCAAAUGCAACAACCUUGUGAACGCGUAUAUCUCGUCUCUAAUUAAUUAUCUUAAAGGUUCCCCUUUAUGUUCAUCA